UUUGAAGUUUCUGCUAGUAGACCGACGACUCUAACCGACCCUCUCUUGAACAAACAAAUCUUUUUUACAGAAACCCCAUCAUACUUCCAUUACAAUGAUUUUUCCAGUUUUAAAAAUAACAAUUAUUAAGAGCCCUAAAUUUCCCAUUACGAUUUUUUUCUUUGUGGGGUCAUCUUCAACCUCAGAGUCAGAGGCUCAAAGAGACAAAUUAAAAGUUUCAGUUUUUAAGUCAAAUUGCAGUCUUUAUUUUCUUUACACCAAGAAAAAUUAGUAUUAUACUCUUUGCGCACACUAGUUGAGCAAACUUUUUUAACUCUCACCCACUCCUUUGAAACUCUUUGAUUUCUUUCUGUUUUGUUCUCUUCUUCUUGUUUCUUCUUCAUCUAAUUUUUUUCUCCUUACCCUAAAAAUGGAUCAUUCAACACCAAGUUUACUCUACACAUCUAUCUUCUACUUCACAAUAAUAGCAACUCAAACCCUCUCUCUUGAUCCAAAGUUCAAGGCUUGUGAGCCGAAAUCAUGCGGCAGAGGUCCCGAGAUCUCUUAUCCAUUCUAUCUAUCUGGAAAGCAAGAAUCUUUUUGUGGUUAUCCAAGUUUUGAACUCGCUUGUGAUUAUGAACAAAAGCUCCCUGUUCUCGGGAUCUCUGGUGAGGAAUACGUCAUCAAGAACAUAUCGUACUUGACACAGUCAUUUCAGGUCUUGAACUCAAAGGCGUCUCAUGAUGAUCCAUGUCCCAGCCCUCUGCACAAUCUUACCCUGCAUAGGACUCCUUUCUUUGUGAACCCUUCUCAUAUCAACUUCUCCAUACUUUACAAUUGCUCCGAUCACCUGCUGGAGGAUAUUAGGACAUACCCUCUUACUUGUCCUGGCAACACGAGUCGUCUUCGAUCUGUUGGGAUCUUUGACAGGAGGAAACUUGAAAAAGAGAAAAAAAUUGCAUCCAUGUCGUGCCAGAAACUAGUCGAUGUUCCUGUUUUAGCUAGUGACGAGUCUGAUGUGAUGGGUAUGACUUAUGUUGAGAUAUUGAAGAGGGGUUUUGUUCUGAAUUGGACUGCAAACAGUUGCUUCCGCUGCAUCACCAGCGGCGGGAGAUGUGGAACUGAUCAACAAGAAUUUGUUUGCUUGUGUCCUGAUGGACCUAAUAUUCAUGAUACUUGCACGAAUGGCAAAAAUGGUAAAAGAAGAAGAGUGAUGGUGAAAAUUCUCAUAGGUGCUUCCGCUGCCGUCGCGGGAUUAAUAGCUGCGAGCAUCUUUUGGUAUGUGUAUCAUCGUAGAAAAACAAAAAGUUACAGAACUUCUUCAGCAUUGCUUCCAAGAAACAUCUCAUCAGAUCCAUCUUCAAAGUCUUUUGACGUUGAGAAAGCAGAGGAACUAUUAGUCGGAGUUCAUCUUUUCUCUUACGAAGAGCUUGAAGAAGCCACUAAUAACUUCGACCCAUCUAAAGAACUCGGUGAUGGAGGCUUUGGUACUGUUUAUUACGGCAAGCUUAAAGAUGGAAGAAGCGUAGCUGUGAAACGGUUAUACGAUAACAACUUCAAAAGAGCAGAGCAAUUCAGGAACGAAGUUGAGAUCUUAACUGGUUUACGCCAUCCAAACCUCGUGGCUCUCUUUGGAUGCUCCUCAAAACAGAGCCGGGACUUACUGCUAGUGUAUGAGUAUGUUGCAAACGGCACGUUAGCUGAUCAUCUACAUGGUCCACAGGCUAACCCGAGCUCACUUCCUUGGUCUAUUCGGCUCAAGAUCGCUGUUGAAACUGCAUCUGCGUUGAAGUAUCUCCACGCCUCCAAAAUCAUCCACCGUGAUGUUAAAUCCAACAACAUCCUUCUCGACCAAAACUUCAAUGUCAAGGUUGCGGAUUUUGGACUCUCUAGAUUGUUUCCUAUGGAUAGAACGCAUGUAUCAACCGCUCCACAAGGAACCCCAGGCUACGUAGACCCGGAUUACCACUUAUGCUAUCAACUCUCCAACAAAAGCGACGUGUACAGCUUUGCAGUAGUGUUAAUGGAGCUUAUCUCCUCGCUUCCAGCAGUUGACAUCACAAGACCGCGCAACGAGAUCAACCUUUCAAACAUGGCAGUCGUUAAAAUCCAGAACCACGAGCUCCGCGACAUGGUGGAUCCAUCACUCGGGUUUGACACGGAUACAAGAGUGAGACAGACGGUGAUCGCCGUCGCUGAACUGGCGUUCCAAUGCUUACAGUCGGAUAAAGAUCUUAGGCCAUGUAUGUCACACGUGCAGGAUACGCUGACGAGGAUACAGAACAAUGGGUUUGGUUCGGAAAUGGAUGUUGUAGAUGUGAACAAGAGUGGACCGUUGGUUGCACAGUCUCCUGAUAGUGUCAUUGUGAAAUGGGACAGUAAGUAAAUUAGUCGCACGGCCUAACAUUUGUAUGUGUUCAUUAUUUUAUGUUUAAGAUUGUCAAUUAACAGUUAGAGAUUGGUGUUUGUGUUCUGUAUUAGUAGAUGAUAUUUUUGGGAAUGUAUAUAUGAUCUUGUUCCGAUU